CCCCAUUUCACACAAAAGGGGCGGGGCUGCGCGCAGACAGGAUUCAGGGAGGGGAGCAGAAUAACGCGGACGAAGAACCGUUAUUAUCAUGGCAGACAAGGAAGAGGGAACAAGAACCACGGGGAACAGCCCACCGAUUGAGGUUGAGCAAGGUCCUCUGGUCUCGGUGACGUUCCAGAAGAACCCGGAACGCAAACAGAAGUACCUGGAGGCCCAACCUAAAGAAUUAGGGAUCACCCAGAUAGGCCUGACUUUGUAUCAGAUGUCCUGGGUGUUUGGGUUAGUCUACAUCGAUUCCGUGCGUGGCGAAACCGUUCUGAGGGUUUUGUUCACCAUUGCCUCUGUAGUGGUGAUACUAGCUGGAAGUCUGGCCAUCGCUGCUACGACGCUCCACAUUCCCACUUUGAGAGCCUGCCUUACCAUGCAGAUCCUGGCCAUCGCUGCCUCGGUGUGCGGCUUCAUCCUCACGAUGGGGCAGUUUGAGAACGGCGUUUUGCAUGGCUGCUGGUUUGACGAGUACAGCAAUAAGACCUCCAAGCAAAGCAUUUGCAAAAAAAUGGAGAAUGCCUUCCAUAACCUGCACGCGGGGGGGACGCUGGUGCAGACGGCACUGGUGGCUAUCUCCGUUACCCUGGCGGUCUACUGCUGCAAAGUGAUCAAAUGUUGUUCACCGGGAUCCAGAAUGCCUGUGAUCACUGUGCAAGCCCCUUCCAACCUUUCUGCUCCUGAAUGAAGACAAAUGCUUUGAAAGUAAAGAGGAAUCACUGACUAACACAUCCAUUAAAACCACAUAUAUGGUUUACUGCUACGCAGAUGUUGAGGCAACAUGCACAGUGUUGGCAUUGAAUCAUUGUCGAAAGCAUUACCUUUUACUGAUUAACCUUCUGACAUUUAGCCAUCCGACUGAUCCUUCAGAUUGUCAUCAUUCUGGUGCCAAGUUUGAUAUUAACUCUUGUGAACAUUUGCAAUAUGUAAAACAUUAUUUUUAACACAAUCAUAUGUAAAGCCAUGUAUGUUAUCCCAGUUACAAACCACCGAGGUGACUGACUUUAGUUGACCCGUUUAUUUCAGAGUGUGUUGACCGUCGGAGCAGGGGCUCUCUGGGGUGUGUGUGGGGAUGGCUGGAUGCACCACAGGUGUGCAGCCUCACCCAGCCCAGAGUUGUAUCAGUCAGACUCAGGCCCGGUGAGGCUGCUUUAACUGGCCAUCAUCCACACACACUCCACACCAAUGCACAUACUAAUAAAUCAUUUUAAAUGAUUGAUAUACUUUUUUUUUACCAUUGAAUAGAAUACACUCUUUAACAGAUAGGUCUUUAUUUCAUUUUUUUAUGCAAGAUAACGUGUGGUGAUUUUGUGUUCACAUGAGACUGCAAAGUGUUCAGUACACUCCCAAAACAUAUCAGCAACUUUGCUUCAAGCCGCUGAAGGUGAGAUUUUAAGUGCUAAAGUACUCAGCAUCCCCUCCUAGUCCUAUUAACACCAAGUAUAUGAGUAUUCUAAUACAGUAUGCAAAGCAAUUGUGUAUCUUGCAACUUGUUAAAAAAAAUAAUAAAAAUGUUAACUUGACAUGUACAUUUUUUAUAAAAAAAUUAUACUUCAAAGUUCCUU